AUAUCCCAAACCUCAAAAGCUAAGAUGGGCUUAUUGUCUUCUUCUUUCUCUUAUCGCAUCACAAGCAGACCAAAACUGGAGCAGUCAGAAUGGUGGCUUAAUCUUGAAAUAGGGUUUAAGGUUUUUGUCCAAAUCGGAGAAGAAGAAAGAAAGCUAUGAAGGAAGGAAGGAGCAGAAAACGCAAGAGAGCCAAGCAUGGCAAACCACAAAAUCAAAACAAACCUCUCUCAAUUGAAGACGCUAUACAAAGCCAUAGAAAAGAACAAGAAGAAGAAGCUGAACCUAAAACCCCUGCCUCUUCUUCAAAGAGACUGAAGUCUUCUUCUUUCCUCGAUAAGAUGCGAGCGAGAUUAUCUGGUGGGCAUUUCCGGAUGAUUAAUGAAAAGCUUUACACUUGCACUGGAGAGGAAGCCCUUGACUAUUUCAACGAAGACCCGUUCUUGUUUGAUAUGUAUCAUGCAGGAUACCAAGAACAAAUGUCACAUUGGCCUGAGAAGCCAGUAAAUAUAAUAAUAAAUUGGUUAAAAGGUCGUAGUUCUUCCCUGGUCGUGGCUGAUUUUGGCUGUGGAGAUGCACAGAUAGCAAAAAACGUGAAAAAUAAAGUUUUCUCUCUUGAUCUUGUAUCCAAGGAUCCUUCCGUAAUUGCCUGUGAUAUGUCUAAUACACCUCUUGAUGCUUCAUCUGUUGAUGUUGCGGUCUUUUGCCUUUCAUUGAUGGGUACCAACUUUUCAAGUUACCUCCUGGAAGCACACAGAGUUCUUAAGCCAAGUGGUUGGCUACUGAUAGCUGAGGUAAAGAGCAGAUUCGAUCCAAACACCGGAGGGGCAGACCCAAAUAUGUUUUCAAAAGCCAUAUCUGAUCUUGGAUUUGCCUCAAUGUUCAAGGAUUUCUCAAAUAAGAUGUUUAUUUUACUGUACUUCCAAAAGAAGGAGAAGCAAAGUUCAAAGAGAAAAGAAAUCAAAUGGCCUGAGUUGAAACCUUGUUUGUAUAAGCGUCGCUGAGAUAAAAGAUGGAAAAAAAGGGAAACAAUCUUUGUUUUGAUGUUAUGAGAGACAAGUUGGAGAUAAUUGGCUCUGCAUAUUGUAAUGUGUGAGAUUGGAGUUAAGUUUAUUUAAAUUUGUUAUUCUAGUUUUCACUUUGCAGUUGUUGAUGCUUCUGAAUUUGUUUUUGUACUCAACUGCAUGAUCUUUCUUUUGGUUUUCUGAAAGAAGGAAAUGCACUAUCCUUUGGUAUCAUGAAUUAUUGAUGUAGCGUGGUUUUUUUUU